AUGGUUUCAGAGAUCUUGCUUGUGGUACUGUUUACUCCCCAGUUAAGCAUAGCUCACAUUGUGAAAUGCAGUGUCUACAAUCCACACCAUCCACUGCACACCUAUCAUCAACCAGGAGACCUCAUCAUUGGUGGCAUCACUUCUCAUGGUGGCUUCAUCUCCAGUCCAAUCGACUUCACUGAAGACCCCCCUCCAGCAUUGCAUGAAGACUUUAUUGUUGUGUCUAAGGCUUACCAGCACAUCCUGGCCCUGGAAUUUGCAGUGAAGGAAAUCAAUGAAAACCCUCAGAUCUUACCCAAUCUCACCUUGGGCUUCCACAUCUACGAUAGCUAUUACAAUGCAAGGAAGACCUAUCAUGCCACAAUGCUACUUAUAUCAGCACUUGAGAGAUUGAACCCCAACUACAUAUGUAACAUCCAACAUAGCCUCAUAGCUGUAAUUGGGGGACUAGACUCCCAAGUCUCCCUUCAUGUGGCAACUAUGUUGGAUAUCUAUAAGAUUCCACAGAUGAAGUUUGGGACAGGGUUUUUUGGUGGACAGAUUGAUGAAAAUAUCAAAUAUCAAUUUGCCCCUUUCACAGUAGCUGCUGUGAAAGGGGCCAAUUCCAAGUGGAUUUGGAUUGGGGUGCUUAUUAUGAAUGAUGACAAUGGAGAAAGAUUUGUGCAAAGUGUGUUUUCAGAGUUUUCCCAGAAUGGUGUCUGUUUUGCCUUCAUAGAAAGAAUCCCCAAAUACAGUUUUGAUGAUAAAUUUCAGGAGAUGCUACAGCAGGGUAUAAAAAUAUAUGAUCAAGUCAUGGGUAGCAAUGCGAUUGCACUGGUAGUGUAUGGAGGCUCUAAUUCCAUCGUGUUUCUGAGAUGGUUUCCAUAUCUAUCAGGACUAGAGGAAGUGUUAAAUAAACCAAAAGGCAAAGUGUUGAUAAUCACAGCCCAGAUGGAGCUUGUUUCAUUUUUGUAUCAAAGGGAUUGGGACACAGAACUAUUCCAUGGUGCUCUUGCUUUCACACUUCACUCCAAUGACCCGCCAGGAUUCAAAUCUUUUCUUGAGAACACAAACCCUUUCAGCACAAAAGGAGAUGGUUUUAUCAAGGACUUCUGGAAACAGGCCUUUGACUGUGUGUUCCCAAAUACAGUUCUGGGCAAUGUGGAGAACGGGGAUAUUUGCACUGGAGAGGAGAAGCUGGAAAAUCUCCCAGCACCAUUUUUUGAAAUGAGCAUGACGGGACACAGCUACAGCAUCUACAAUGCCGUCUAUGCCUUGGGCUAUGCAUUAGAUACCCUGUUCGCAUCUAGACUCAAAAACACAGUGAUGCUCCAUCACUUUCUGAAAGGUGUGUCAUUUAACAACAAUGCAGGAGAUGAGGUGUCCUUUGACCAGAAUGGGGAGUUAGUUGCUGGAUUUGAUGUAAUCAACUGGAUUGUUUCCUCAAAUAACUCCAUUAAUUGCAUACAAGUUGGACGUGUGUCUCCGCAGAGCAUUCCAAGCCAAAUAUUCAGCAUCAAUGAAGAUGCCAUAACAUGGCACCAUUGGUUUAACCAAGUACAACCUUUUUCUGUAUGUAGUGAGAGUUGUCAUCCUGGUUCUAGCAAAAAAGUGAAAGAGGGAGAGCCAUUUUGCUGCUAUGAUUGCAUCCCAUGUCCAGACGGGAAGUUUUCAGACCAAGAGGAUGUGGAUGAUUGCAAGAAAUGCUCAGAUGAAGACUAUCCAAGCAACACUCGGGAUUUCUGUAUCCCCAAGGACAUAAGCUUCUUGUCAUAUCAAGAACAUUUGGGGAUGGGUUUAGCCGGUGUCACUCUUUUCUUUUGUAUCACCACUUUAUUGGUGUUGGGAACAUUUAUGAAGCACCACAACACUCCCAUUGUUAAAGCCAACAACCGGGAUCUUACCUAUAUUCUCCUCAUCUCCCUCCUGCUCUGCUUCCUUUGCACGUUGCUGUUUAUUGGCCGCCCUCACAAAGUGACAUGUCUACUCCGACAGACUGCUUUUGGCAUAAUUUUCUCAGUGGCUGUUUCUUGUGUGCUGGCAAAAACCAUUACAGUGGUUCUGGCUUUCAUGGCCACCAAACCAGGAUCCAAGAUGAGGAAAUGGUUGGGGAAAACACUGGCCAAUUCCAUUGUUCUUUUCUGCUCCCUUCUCCAAGUAGGCAUUUGUAUUGUAUGGUUGUCAACAUCUCCCCCAUACCCAGAUGUCGACAUGCACUCAGUGACUGGAGAAAUAGUAUUGGAGUGUAAUGAAGGAUCUGUGGCUAUGUUUUACUCUGCCCUGGGCUAUAUGGGCUUCCUUUCAAUUCUGUGUUUCAUAGUAGCUUUUCUUGCCAGGAAGCUGCCGGAUAGUUUCAAUGAAGCCAAAUUUAUCACAUUCAGCAUGGUAGUAUUUUGUGGUGUUUGGUUUUCCUUUGUUCCAGGUUAUCUGAGCUCCAAGGGAAAAUACAUAGUUGCUGUGGAGAUCUUCUCUAUCUUAGCCUCCAGCUCUGGACUCCUCGGUUGCAUCUUUUCUCCCAAAUGUUUCAUUCUUGUUUUGAGACCAAAGCUGAACAACAGGAACCAACUAAUAAGAAGAAUUUAA